AUCGGUUUUAAUCAAUGUCUUGAAUUGGAAAUUCGUGUUUUUGUUGUUGUUGUUGUCGGGAGAAAAAAAAACAAAAUCAAAAAUGAAUUGUCAACAAUGUUUAACAAUACGACGAUUAUUUUUUCUAGUUUUUUUAUUUAUAAUGUGUUUAUUAGCAUUUAAUUUCAGUACAUUUUAUCUAAUAUCAUUGAAUAGUACAACAAUUGAUCCAUCAUCAAUUAUUCAUAAUAAUAAUAAUAAUAACAAUAAUAAUAAUGAUGAGCUAAAAUAUGAUUUAUUAAUUAAUGAUAAUUCUUUUAAAAAUUUGGAUAAAAUUAAUGAUCUUAAUGUUCGUGUUCGUGAAUUAUUACGUAUACGUUCAUCUGUUUUGAAAGAAUUACGAAGCUUAGAACGUAAUCGUACAUCGAUUAUACAGGAAUUAACUGAACAUAAUAAUGAAUUGGAAAAAUUAAAAUCAACGAUUGGUAAAAAAUCCAAUGAAUUGGAACGACUUCAACUUCAUAUUAAACAAGCUGUUGUUGCUCAAAAAGAAGCCAAAGUUUUAGUCGGAUCAAUGAUUGAACCGCCAUUAAAUUUAUUGCCCAAACAAGCUCAGGCAAAAAAUUUCAUUGAAAAUGAAAAAGCUACCAUCUCUCAUUUGAAUCAUAAUGAAUGUCAAAUGCACAAUUGCUUUGAUUAUUCACGUUGUUCAUUAUUUUCAUCAUUUUUUGUAUUCAUUUAUAAUCAUGAUGAUAAUCAUCAUGUUCGUUCAUCAUUUGAUCAAAUCAUUUAUGAUAAAUUUCGUUCAAAUAUUCAUGUAACAAAUGAUCCAAGAAUAGCAUGCAUCUAUCUAUUAAUCAUUUCGGAACAUUUUCCAUAUUGGAAUGAUCGAAUUUCAUUUCAAAAUUAUCUGGCUGCACUUCCAUAUUGGGCCGGUGAUGGCCGUAAUCAUAUUAUCUUUAAUAUGAAUCCAAAAAUUGAUCUAAAUUCAAUCGAAUUGAAUGUAAAAAAAGCAAUCAUUGUUCAAAAUCAAUUUUCAAAAUCUUUUUCUAGUCUUCGUCAUUCAUUUGAUUUAGUCAUACCAAAUGUACAGAUUAUUCAUUCAUUUAAUGAGAAUUUGAAAGUGAAAAAUUUCUCACCAAAAUUAUCACCUGCUAAACGAAAAUAUUUCCUCACAUUCCUUGGCCGUUUGCGUCAUGAAAAUUCUGACCAUAAUAAUAAUAAUACUGCAUAUGACGACAAUCUUCAAUUAAUCAUCAAAAAUACAAUGUUGAAUCUAUUGACCAAACAUAGUGUUGUGAAUCAUAAUGAAUUUCUAUUUGAUUUUGAUUGUGAUGAAAAAACAAAAAAACUUUGUGAUAAUCAAACAAUCAUUUUACUUGAAUCUACAUUUACAUUGAUACCAAUUAUUAUUAUCAAUAAUAAUUCAUUUCAUCAUGAUUUUUAUCAACGUUUAUUUAAUGCUCUAUCUACAGGUUCGAUUCCUAUAAUCAUUUCUAAUGAUAUGAUAUCACUACCAUUUGAAGAUGUUAUCGAUUGGCGAAAAGCUACAAUUCGUUUACCUAUUGCUCGUAUAACCGAAUUAUAUGUCCUAUUAAAAACCUAUACGGAUGCUGAUAUUAUUGAACUACGACGAUAUGGAUUACAUUUUUAUCAAACUUAUUUUGCCAAUUUAGAUAAAUUUAUUGCAACAUUUUUUGCCUAUUUCGGAACAUAUCGUUUGCAAAUACCUCCAUCAUCACCACCUAGUUAUCGUUCGAUUUAUUAUUACAAUCAACCAAAAUAUGAUAUCCAAUUUAAUUCAAGUGAUUCAUUAUUGACUAAUUCAUUAAUUUAUGAUAAUGAUCCAUCAUCAGAUGGUGAUGAAUUUCUUGGACCAAUUGAACCACCGUUUGCAUCAAUCAGUUAUCAUCGUAAUUAUUCGAUAACUAUGAAUAAUUUAUAUUCCAUUUGGAAUGAUAUUAGUCUUACACCAUUCCAUACAUUUCCUUCACUGCCAUUUGAUCCGGUUUUACCUUCUGAAUCAAAAUUUAUUGGUUCUUCAUAUGGAUUUCGACCAAUCGGUGCUGGGCUUGGUGGCUCGGGUAAAGAAUUUUCCGAAUCAUUGGGAGGAAAUCAUAUUAGAGAACAAUUUACAAUUGUCAUAUUGACUUAUGAACGUGAAAAUGUUUUAUUACUAAUUCUUUCACAUUUAAAAAAUUUACCAUAUCUAAAUAAGGUUGUGAUUGUUUGGAAUAGUCCACAACCACCAUCUAUUGAUAUAAUAUGGCCUGAUAUUGGUGUCGAUAUUGUUGUCAUUAAAAGUGAACGUAAUUCAUUGAAUAAUCGUUUUAUUCCAUUCGAUGAAAUCAAAACUGAAGCCAUUCUUUCUAUUGAUGAUGAUACCAAUUUACGACAUGAUGAAAUUAUAUUUGCUUUCAGAGUUUGGCGUGAAGCUAGAGAUCGUAUCGUUGGUUUUCCUGCACGUUUUCAUUCAUAUGAAACAAAUGAAAAAUCAUGGUACUAUAAUUCAAGCUAUACAUGUGAAUAUUCAAUGAUUUUAACCGGAGCUGCAUUUUUUCAUAAAUAUUAUUCAUAUCUUUAUUCAUAUUCAAUGUCAUCAUUGAUUAGAGAUAAAGUGGAUGAAUUUAUGAAUUGUGAAGAUAUUGCUAUGAAUUUUCUUGUAUCACAUGUAACACGUAAACCACCAAUCAAAGUAACAUCUAAAUGGACAUUUAGAUGUCCAGCUUGUCAAACUGGAUUAUCCGAAAAUCAAUCUGAACAUUUUCUAAAACGUCAUAAAUGUAUUAAUUAUUUUGUUUCAAUAUAUGGUUAUAUGCCAUUACUUUAUACACAAUUUCGUGCCGAUUCUGUUCUAUUCAAAACACGUGUUUCACAUGAUAAACAAAAAUGUUUUAAAUAUAUUUGAUGAUCUUUCAUUUCAAGUGAUUAUUUCAUUUUAUAAUAUUGUUUUUGUGUAAAUAUAUUUGCAUU